CGUCCUCUCCUUCCUCCUCAUCAACAUCAUCGCCGGCCGGGCGAUGAGCCCCGCGACGAGGAGAGAGAGAGACGAAGACGACGACGAGGAGGAGAGAGAGAGCCCACGGGGAGGACGAGCUUAUGGCGAGACUCGCCGACUACUUUGUCGUUGUGGAAUACGACGAGGCCGGCAGCAAGGGCUGCGGUGAUGGCCGGGGCAAGAUCCUCCAGCGUUUCCCCGCCAAGGAGUGGGAGGACGCGCCGUUCCCGCAGGGCCUCGAGCUGUUCUGCCAGCCGAGCGGAUGGAAAACGAGCACCGAGAGGGUUCCGCCCUCGUUCUUCGUGGUGGUGCUGACGGACAUCAACUCGGAGAGGCACUACUGUGCCUGCCUCACCUUCCAGGAGCCCUUCCUCGAGCCCAGUGUGGGGAAGACGUCAGAUGACAGUGAUGGAGAGGAGGAGGAGCAAGAGGAAGUGGAUGACACAGGUCUCGUGAAGCCGGCCCAAGUGUUUGCUCCCAAGAGCCUUGUCCUGGUAUCACGACGGGACUGCACCGAAAUAUUCAGGAACUGCCUGGGGCUGCUGUACACGGCGCACACGGACAGCCUGCGCGUACCCUUGGAGACGCUCGUGGGGAACCUGCUGUCAUGUGUGGUGCCCACGGCAGGCGGAGCGCAGAAACUCUUCUCGCUGGGGGCGGGAGACAGGCAGGUCAUCCAGGCGCCACUCAACGACACCCUCCCCAUCACCGGGAGCAGCGUCGCCAUUCUUUUCCGGCAGCUUGGGAUACGUCAUGUCCUCAACCUCUUCUGUGCCGCCGUCACGGAGCACAAGGUGCUGUUCCACUCGAGCAGCUACCAGCGGCUGAGCGAUGCGUGCCGCGCCAUGCUGGCGCUCAUGUUCCCGCUCAAGUACAGCUACCCUUACAUCCCAAUCCUGCCAGCCCAGCUCCUGGAGGUGCUGAGCACGCCCACGCCGUUCAUCAUCGGUGUUCACUCCAUGUUCAUCAACCACCUGCCAGACCUGCUGGACGUGAUCGUAGUGGAGCUGGACGGAGGCACGGUGGCCGUUCCCGAAUGCGUGCACCUCCCUCUACUGCCCGAGCCCCUGCUGCAACAAACCCUGACGGCGCUGUCCAUGGUGUUGAACCCAGACCUGGGGGUCGCAGACAAUGCCUUCCCACCCUCCUGCAUUGCCUGCUCGCCCCUCGACAGACUGGACAAGGAGCUGCGUGCCAUCUUCCUGCGUCUGUUCGGACGCCUACUUCAGGGCUACCGCUCGUGCCUGCAGCUGGUGCGAGUGCAGCCCACGCCCGUGCUGCGCUUCCACAAGUCGGCGUUCCUGGGCCAGCGGGGCCUUGUGGAGGACGACUUCCUGUCGCGACUGCUCGAGGGCAUGUCCUUCGCCACCUUCAUCUCCGACAGGGGCCCUCCCUACCGACCCUGCGACAUCUUUGACGAGCUGGUGGCGUUUGAGGUUGACCGCAUGCGGGCGGAGGAGGGCGACCGAAGGAAGACGCUGAAGCACGUGAUGGAGCUGGCUCAUCAGCUGUACAGCAACGAGAACCCCAACCCUCACCUGUCGCACCACAAGGUGCCCCGCCCCACAGACGGCGCCCACCUGCGCCUGCACCAGCAGCCGUUCCCGCCGCUCGCCGCGGACGCGCUGGAACGCGCCGUCGCGGACGCGUCGUCGCGCCAGCGCAGCGCCACCCCGGCCAGCGCCCGCGUCGAGAGGCGCGCCGUGGUGCCCGCGGGGCCGCCCGCUGCGUCUGCGCUGGACAGGAGCGGUGUGUGCGCCGUGCUGAACAGCGCCCGGCGGCUGGAGGUCAUCAAGAACUGCAUCACCUACAUCUUUGAGAACAACUUGCUGGAGGCCAAGAAGGCGCUGCCGGCCGCCCUGCGAGCGCUCAAGGGCCGCUUGGCGCGCCAGGCCUUCGCCCAGGAGCUUGGCUCGUACGCGCAGCAGCCGCGCACCGUGCUCGACCACCAGCAGUUCGACUACGUCGUGCGCAUGGUCAACUGCGCCCUGCAGGACUGUUCUUGCAUGGAUGAAUAUGGGGUGGCAGCCGCCCUGCUUCCCAUCACCUCCAUUUUCUGUAGGAAGCUGAGCCCGGGCGUGGUGCAGUUUGCCUACACGUGCGUGCAGGAGCACCCGGUGUGGACCAACACGCAGUUCUGGGAGGCGGCCUUCUACAAUGACGUGCAGAGAGACAUCCGCGCCCUGUACCUCCCGCAGCCUGACAACGAGGACCGCUCGGCGCUGGACGUGGCCGCCGAGCGGCUCCGCUCGUGGCGCCCGGCGGGGGCGGAGCGGCGGCGCGAGGAGGAGGCGGCGGAGGAGGGCGUCGUGUUCAGCCAGGCGGUGCAGUACGCGCACCGCAUGGCCUGCCUGCUCGUGCCGCUCGACACGAGCCGCGGCCGCGGCCUCCUGCGCGCCAGCGGCGCCUGCGACGGAGAGAGCGGCAGCAACAGCGUGCCCACCAACAGCGUGGGGGGCAGCGUGGGCGAGAGCUUCGACAUGGAGAGCGGCUUCGAGGAGGCGGACGGCGCCGACGUGGCGGGGACCGUGACGCGCUUCGUGAUGCGCUUCGCCGACAAGGUGUGCACCGAGUGCGGCGUCACCAACGAGCACGUCCGAGCGCUGGGCGCCAUGCUGCCCGGAAUCGUCGCCCUUCACUUGGAGUCCCUGGAAGCUGUUCACCGGGAGAGCAAGCGCCUGCCGCCCAUUCAGAAGCCCAAGAUCGUGCGCCCGCUGCUGCUGCCCGGCGAGGAGCUGCUCAUGGAGGGCCUCCGCGCCGUCCUGCUGCCCGACGGGCGCGACGGCGCGGCGGGGGGCCGCCUCCUGGGGGCCCCCCCGCUCCUGCCGGCCGAGGGAGCCGUCUUCCUCACCACCUACCGCGUGAUGUUCCGCGGGGCGCCCAGCGACCCCCUGGUGGGCGAGUACCCGGUGGUGCGCAGCUUCCCCGUGUCGUCGCUCACCAAGGAGAAGCGCGUCUCAGUGCACUCGCAGCUCCACCAGGACGUGCACGAGGGCCUGCAGCUGCAGUCGGCCACCUUCCAGCUGCUGAAGCUGGGCUUCGACGUGGAGGUCAGCUCGGAGACGGUGGAGGGAUUCCGGCGGCACCUGGGGCGCCUGCGAUUCCCCCCCUCGGCGCUCGCCACGUUCGCCCUGUCGCACUCCGCCGGCUCCGCCCAGAGUCUGGCCCUGAAGCCCAAGGAGAAGCACAACCAGUCGAUCGUCUCGAUAUCAAAGAACAUCGUGAGGAACGCCAAGGCCGGGAUGAGGACCAUCGGCUUGCAGAUCCCGACCAAGAAGAAGCUGGGCAUGCAGCCCGGCCAUUGCUUGCCCGUCAUGCAGGAAGACGACACACUCUCCAUUUCCGAGGACGGCGAGCCUCCCGAGGGCAGCCCCACGCUGCGGCCGGAGCGGGCGACGCUGGAGCGGCGCUCGGAGCGCUCGUGCUGCCUCGACUACCAGCGCCUGGGCCUGGGCACGCUCAGCAACAGCCUGAACCGCGCCGGCACCGAGCCCUUCCGCAUCACAGCCGCCAACCGCCUCUACCACCUCUGCCACAGCUACCCGGGGCUGCUGAUCGUGCCGCAGGUGGCGAGCGAUGCGGCGCUGCAGCGCGUGUCUCGCUGCUACCGCCAGGGCCGGCUGCCCGUGGUGUGCUGGCGCCACCCGCGUGCCCGCUCCGUGCUGCUGCGCUCGGGGGGGCUGCAGCAGAAGGGGGUUGUGGGCGGCCUCUUCCGCAACCCCAGCCCCCACGGCAGCGGAAACGGUGGCCUCGGUCCGGCCUCGUCCGAGUCCUCUGCGAGCCUGGAGCAGGAGAAGUACCUGCUGGCCAUCAUGGCCACCAUGCCAGGGGCGGCCGCGGAGAUCUGGGGUCGCGGGGUCACCGUCCGCGGGUCCCAGGCCAACCAUGACGCCGCGAAGUGGGGCAGCCUGCGCGUGAGCCGUCGCUUCACCAGCACCAGCAGCACAACCAGUGGCAGCAACCAGACGCUGAACCAGACUCCGGCCGAUUCGGCGGCCACCACCACCACCACCCCGCCGCCCGGCACGCCCCGCCUGGACACGCGCGGCAAGGCCUCCGGCGGCCGCAACCCUCACCAGCUGCCGCUGAGCAUCCACAAAGCGGCACUCUACGUCGUGGGAGACAAGGCCCAGCUGAAGGGCUGGAGGAAGGAGGGCCUGGUGGCGAUGGAGACCAUCCCUGUGGACAUGGCCGACCUGUCUGCCAUGCGCAGCAGCUUCCGCAAGCUGCUGCACGCGUGCUGCCCCAGCUCUGCGCCCACGGACGGCGGCUCCUCCGCCUUCUUGACGGCGCUGGAGCAGUCGGAGUGGCUGCCACAGCUGCAGCGCCUCUUGCAGCUGAGUGGCCUGGUCGUGGAGCUCCUGGAGGGAGGAUCGUCCGUCAUCGUGGGCCUGGAGGAUGGCUGGGACACGACCACGCAGGUGGUGAGCCUGGUGCAGCUGCUGAGCGACCCGUUCUACCGCACGCUCGACGGCUUCCGGCUGCUCAUCGAGAAGGAGUGGCUGGCGUUCGGGCACCGCUUCGGGCAGCGCAGCAACAUGGGCGCGGGCGGGCAGAGCGCCAACUUCACCCCCGUCUUCCUGCAGUUCCUCGACUGCGUGCACCAGGUGCAGUAUCAGUUUCCCACGGAGUUUGAGUUCAACGAUUACUACCUACGGUUCCUCGCCUACCACCACGUAUCCAACCGCUUCCGCACCUUCCUGCUCGACUCGGACUACGAGCGCAUCGAGCAGGGCGUGCUGUACGAGGAGAAGGGCGCGCGCUCGUGCGGGCAGUCGCUCUGGGAGUACGUGGACUCGCUGCACCGCAGGGCGCCACUCUUCUACAGCUUCCUCUACUCCCCCGGCGAGGACAGCGAGGUGCUGCGCCUGUGCUGCUCCACGGCCGCGCUGCACCUCUGGGGCUACUACACCGGCGAGGCUCUCAGGGAGGGGCCCCCCUACGACCCCGAGCUGCUGCCCGAAGCGGGGCACGGGGCGGACGAGUGGGCGCCCGACGGGGCGGCGGGGGGGGGCGGCCCCGGCUGCGGCACGGCCGUGGCCCAGAGCGGCCGGCGCACGCUGUGGUGGGGCUACGACGCGGUGGCGCGGACUCAGCCCGAUGGCAUCACCGCCAUGCUGCAGGAGAUCCAGCGGCUGGAGACGGCUCUGGGCCGCACGGGCGAGCGCUGGAAGGAGACCUGGGACCGCGCCAGGGCCAAGGUUCCCCACACCUCCCCGAAGGGCUCUCUCGUCCCGUCGGGGGCCCCGUACUCGCGUCCCUCUCUCGGGAGCAUGGGGGCGUCGCUCAAGGCCCUGGACGCCCCUUUCGGGGACCCGGCCGGGCCCGAAGACGGGGACAGCGUGGCCUCAUGGGCCCCGACGUCGUCCGGCAUGGACGAGCCGCAGCCGCCGCUCACCCCCGACGUCGACUACUACUCUGGCUUCCCCAUCAGCGACUCGGAGCAGAGGUCAUACGAAGGUGUCCUCUACAAGCGAGGUGCCCUUCUGAAGGGCUGGAAGGCGCGCUGGUUUGUGCUGGACAAAACGAAACACCAGCUGCGCUACUACGACACGGCGGACGACCAGCACUGUAGGGGCGAGAUCGACCUGGGGGACGUGGAGUCCGUGACUCCGGCCACUGCCACCCUGGGAGCCCCCAAGAACAUGGAGGACAAGGCCUUCUUCGACGUGCGCACCACGAAGCGCGUCUACAACUUCUGCGCCCAGGAUGCCGCGUCGGCGCAGCAGUGGAGCGACCACAUCCAGGGCUGCCUCUCGGACGCGUGACCUCCCCCCACCCCACCCCACCACACCCCCACCAAGCCGAGCUCCUCCCCCCACCCCC